AUGACGAUUAAUAAUUGGUUAAAACAAAUAUUUAUACAUUAUGCAUCAUCAAAAUCAUCAAAUCAAUCUUAUGAGAAAAAUAUAAAUAAAAUAUCUAUAGAACCUAAUAAUAUCAAUCGAAGUGAUUCAUUAAAUACAACGUUGACUGAUCGAUGUCUUAUUGUUGAUAAACCAUCAACAAUGUCUGAUGCAGAUAUAAUGUAUUGUAAUGAUAAAAAAAAUCAAAAUCAAAAUUUUCUAUCAAACAAUGCAACAGAAAUGAAAUCACCAAAACAAAAUACAAUUAUUCUUGAUAAAUUUAAAGUAUGUUUUAUUGAUUGUGUAUGUCAAUGUGAAGCAAGAAAAAUAUUUUCUCAGUUAAGUAUAAAUGAAUGUAAGAAUAGAAAAAGUCAAUUAUUUGAAGACCUUUUCGAUCAAAUACGUGGGUCAUCAUAUGACAUUAAUUGUUUUUGUAAUUGUGGAAAAAAAGGAAUGAGAAAACUGAAAUUUAACUAUGCUUAUGGUGAUAAAAUAAGCGCUAUGGAUUAA